UCACUUUUUGUAUAAAGCCUCCACAACAUAUCCCCACUGCAUGAUUUUGAGAGGAAAACAUGGGCACCUUCGUAUUCUUGAUCUCUUACAUUGUUUUCCUCUCUUUAUUCGUCUUCUCAGUUGAUUCUGCAUCUUCUUCUUGUCCCAUAGAUCUUGGCUAUGUCGAGACCUACCCAUGGGACACCUCUUCGUGCCGCAGUGGGGAUCAAGACCACUGCUGCAUGGCCCUUCUCAGUCUCUUUGGCAUGGGCCUUGCACAGCACCUGAAAGAAACUUCCAUGUUUCAGCUCCCCACUGCUGCUGUCUCAUCUUCUUGCCUCUCAGAAUUGCAGACUAGGCUCUCUGCCAUGGCGUUCCAACCGUCUUUAGUCUCUAUAUGCUUCAAGAACUCGACUCAGUUUGUUGCUAAUUCCUCGAGCUGUGCUGGAAUCAUCACGAAAGAAGAUUGGAUCAAAAGGGUUGGGGAAAAGACUGCCUUGGAUUCAUCUUGCAAGGACCUGACUGGACUUGUCCAGUGCGGCUCCUGCCUCGAUGCUGGGAUGAAGGUGAAUUCCCAGUUGCAGGCUCUUGCUCCAAAUUCCACUAAAUGCUUUUACUUCACUAUUCUGUAUGCUGCAGGCAUUGUUAAUGAGUUAGGCCCUCAGGAUGGCACCACUGCUGCUUGCAUACUAGGCUUGCCUUUGUCUAACUCCAAAACUGGUGAAACCUCUAAUCAUCUGAGCCAAGAGACUUUAUUCAAAUUGAUUUUCGGGUUCUUGGGUGCUUUUAUGGUUGUUUUGUUUGCCUUGGGAUCAGUAGUGCUGUACAGGAUUUGGCAAAAGAAGAAGAAAAACGCCUUCCAUGAAGAAUUUGUGAGCAGCAUGCAGGCUAGAGUUUUACCGAACACUGGUGCAAAAUGGUAUCAUAUCGCUGAAAUUGAACGAGCCACAGAUGGAUUUUCACAGAAGAAUUUUAUUGGCCAAGGCGCAUAUGGGGCUGUACACAAGGGCACCCUUUCUGAUGGCACUUUAGUUGCAGUGAAACAAAUUCUUGAUUUGGAUUCUCAAGGGGAUGAGGAAUUUUCCAAUGAGGUUGAGAUCAUAAGCAAAAUAAGGCACAGGAACCUUCUUUCUCUUCGGGGUUGCUGCGUUACAAGUGACGACUGUAAAGGAAAAGGGGUCGCUUACUUGCAUGAUGGAAUCAAACCUGCCAUUUAUCAUCGAGAUAUCAAGACAACUAACAUACUUUUGGACUUGGAAAUGAAAGCAAAAGUGGCAGAUUUUGGGUUAGCCAAGCAAAGUAGAGAAGGUCAGUCUCAUCUCACCACAAGGGUAGCUGGUACACAUGGAUAUCUAGCACCAGAGUAUGCUCUCUAUGGACAAUUAACAGAAAAAAGCGAUGUUUACAGCUUUGGGAUCGUGAUUCUUGAAACUAUGAGUGGGAGGAAGGUGUUGGAUACAUCAAGUUCUUCCAUGGUUUUGAUCACAGAUUGGGCUUGGAUGCUUGUUAAAUCAGGAAAAGUGGAAGAGGUUUUUGACGACUUCAUAAGAAAGGAAGGACCAAAAGGUGUCAUGGAGAGAUUUGUUCUCGUUGGGAUUCUUUGUGCACAUGUGAUGGUGGCUUUUAGACCUACCAUUGCAGAGGCUCUAAAGAUGCUGGAAGGUGAUAUUGACAUUCCAAGAUUACCAGACAGGCCAUGGCCUCUUAGCCAUGAGGCAUUUCGAUCUUCUUUGCAGUGUAGUUUUUUAACAAAUGAGAGAUCAAGACCCAGCACAAGCAUGAGUACGAUAUAAAUUUGAUCUGCAAAGCUUGGAAAGCUUUUUCCAAGUGAAAAAUAUUCAAAUAUGUACCCUGGUAGGUAGGAACCACCACUCCCAGCUCUUCAGAGGUGCCUGUGUUGCAUAUUUUUCUUCUUUAUUUUUUAUUUUUCCAUUCUUUAAGUGUAUACUGCAACCCUCGAUGUACACAGAAUUUUAUGAUAGAAACAAGAUUGCAUUCCUUCAA